GGAUUUGACCUAAUGAAAUUAUCCCAGUGCCUUGGCUCCAGCUGCUGCUCUCCAGUCGCAUCUCACUGAUGUCCAGGGACGUGGCCUGCGGGGAGGGAUCGAGUCCUCCACAGACCAUCCGUGUCCAACAGCAGCAUUCCAGGCUUCCCAGAGAGCCUGGGAGGCUGCAGGUGCUGCCUGCCGAGGGAGAGCUCUCUCCUGCUUCCCUGGAGCACCGGCAGGAACAACACAGCUGAUCCGUGAAUUUCCCUGUCCUGCCGCAGCCGUUCCCGUCACAGGAGGAGAGCAGGCUCCUGGAAAUUGGGAAGCAGCUCGUCCUCCGGAACAACGAGGUGAAACAACCCGAGGUGGAAAAAGCUUUGGGAAGACGGGUUUGACCAAGGGGGAGCAUGGAGGAUGCUGGCAGAUAUCCCGACAGCCCGCAGCACUGCUUUGUCCUCUCAUUUUUCCCAAAGGAAAAGCCACCUGGAGCUGCCAGGCAGGAAGAUGCCCCGAGCUUUGCUGAGCAGUGGACACCUGGAUCAGCAGAGCUAGGUGGGUUCUUUGUGGAUUGAAUCCUUCCUGGCACAUUCCAGGGAUCUCCAGAGCCCCAAGGCUGCCUGCAGUGGUCCCGACUUUUCCUGGGAGAUGACAUGCAGAAUUCCAAGGCUGUGGUGUGGAACAGCCCCGUGCCAUAUCCACGUGUUGAGGAAUGAUGCUCCAGCUGGAAGAACAGCACUGACUUCCCUCUCCCUCGUAUUCCUGGGUCAUUCCUGCACAAAGAGCACUGCUUCAUCCAGAGGUUUUGGGGCUUCCAGGGGUGCCUGCCCGGCCGGGAGCGGAUCGUGCCGGAGGGAGACCUUGGAAGUGCCACAGGCUGGAUGAAGCGAUUUGUUGGAAUGCUAAAUUUGGCAGCCGCUUUUCAUCCGCACCGGAGCCACUUUGCACCUGUCUGGGAAGAUAAAGGCACUCGGAAUGAGCGAGGUGAGUGCUGUGCCUGCUGAACUUCCCGGGACCCGCCAGCCAUGCCAGGGAUUGUCGUGUUCCGCCGGCGCUGGUCUGUGGGCAGCGAUGACCUGGUUCUGCCAGCCGUCUUCCUCUUCCUCCUUCACACCACCUGGUUUGUGAUCCUCUCGGUGGUGCUCUUCGGGCUGGUGUACAGCCCCGACGAGACGUGCUCCCUGAACCUGGUGGACCACGGCCGCGGCUACCUGGGCAUCCUGCUGAGCUGCAUGAUCGCCGAGCUGGCCAUCAUCUGGCUGAGCAUGCGCGGGAGCAUCCUGUACACGGAGCCGCGGGACUCCAUGCAGUACGUCCUCUAUGUCCGACUGGCGAUCCUGGUGAUCGAGUUCGUGUACGCCAUCGUGGGCAUCGUGUGGCUGACGCAGUACUACACGUCCUGCAACGACAUCACGGCCAAGAGCGUCACCCUGGGAAUGGUGGUGUGCAACUGGGUGGUGAUCCUGAGUGUGUGCAUCACUGUGCUGUGUGUCUUCGAUCCCACGGGACGCACCUUCGUCAAGCUCCGCGCCACCAAGCGCCGCCAGCGCAACCUGAGGACCUACAACCUCAGACACCGCCUGGAAGAGGGACAAGCCAGCAGCUGGACACGCAGGCUCAAAGUGUUCCUUUGCUGCACGCGGACAAAGGACUCGCAGUCGGACGCCUACUCCGAGAUCGCCUACCUUUUUGCCGAGUUCUUCCGGGACCUGGACAUCGUCCCCUCCGACAUCAUCGCGGGGCUGGUUCUCCUGCGGCAGCGGCAGCGGGCCAAGCGCAACGCCGUGCUGGAUGAGGCAAACAAUGACAUUUUAGCUUUCCUGUCUGGAAUGCCAGUGACCAGGAACACCAAAUACCUGGAUCUGAAGAAUGCGCAAGAGAUGCAGCGGUACCGGGAGGUGUGUUACUACAUGCUCUUCGCCCUGGCAGCCUAUGGGUGGCCCAUUUACCUCAUGAGGAAGCCCACGUGUGGACUCUGUCGCCUGGCCAGAUCCUGCUCGUGUUGCUGCCUGUGCCCGUCGCGGCCGCGCUACGCGCCCGGCGUCACCAUCGAGGAGGACAACUGCUGCGGCUGCAACGCCAUCGCCAUCCGGCGCCACUUCCUGGACGAGAACAUGACCUCCGUGGACAUCGUCUACACGUCCUGCCACGACGCUGUUUAUGAAACGCCUUUCUACGUGGCCGUGGACCAUGACAAGAAGAAGGUGGUCAUCAGCAUCCGGGGAACUCUGUCCCCAAAAGACGCCCUGACGGAUCUGACGGGGGACGCGGAGCGCCUGCCGGUUGAGGGGCACCAUGGAACGUGGCUGGGACACAAGGGAAUGGUGCUGUCUGCCGAGUACAUCAAGAAGAAGUUGGAGCAGGAGAUGGUGCUGUCCCAAGCUUUUGGACGAGAUUUGGGAAGAGGAACAAAACACUACGGCCUCAUUGUGGUUGGGCAUUCCCUUGGAGCUGGCACGGCUGCCAUCCUGUCCUUCCUGCUGCGUCCCCAGUAUCCAUCCCUCAAGUGCUUUGCCUAUUCCCCCCCAGGUGGGCUGCUCAGUGAGGAUGCCAUGGAGUAUUCCAAGGAGUUUGUGACUGCGGUGGUGCUUGGCAAAGAUCUGGUGCCCAGGAUUGGGCUCUCUCAGCUGGAGGGAUUUCGCCGGCAGCUUCUGGAUGUUCUCCAAAGAAGCACCAAACCAAAGUGGCGGAUCAUUGUGGGGGCUACCAAGUGCAUUCCCAAAUCCGAGCUUCCCGAGGAGCCGGAGGAGAACUCGGUGACGAGCAACCGGCUCUGGACACACCCCAGUGACCUGACCAUCGCCCUGAGUGCCAGCACGCCCCUGUACCCCCCUGGCCGCAUCAUCCACGUGGUGCACAACCACCCUGCUGAGCAGUGCUGCUGCUGUGAGCAGGAGGAUCCCACCUACUUUGCCAUCUGGGGGGACAACAAGGCCUUCAACGAGGUGAUCAUCUCCCCAGCCAUGCUUCACGAACACCUCCCCUACGUGGUCAUGGAAGGGCUCAACAAGGUGUUGGAGAACUACAACAAGGGGAAAACAGCCCUGCUGUCCGCAGCCAAGGUGAUGGUGAGUCCUACGGAGGUGGAUCUCACGCCGGAGCUGAUAUUCCAGAGCCAGCCCUUGCCCAGCUGCCCCUCCGUGCAGAUCGGCACUGGAGCCAUCCCAGCGGACAGGAGGAACAGCAGUACCAAGAGCAAAUCCCAUUCGGAAAUCAGCCUGGAGGGAUUCUACGAGACCAAGCCGCUCUCCCCAGUGCAGAAGGACCCCGUGGAGCUGCUUCUCCUGGACACUAAGGAACGCCUCUCCGUGGAGCUGCAGGACCGCCGCGCCCCUCUGGCCACCAUGGAGAGCCUCUCGGACAACGAGUCCAUCUACAGCUUCGACUCGCGGCGCUCCUCCGGCUUCCGGAGCAUCCGGGGCUCCCCCAGCCUCCAUGCGGUCAUGGAGAAGGACGAGACGCACUGCUUUUAUAUAGACCCCGCCAUCCCCGAGGAAAACCCUUCCCUCAGCUCCCGGACAGAGCUGCUGGCUGCCGACAGCCUCUCCAAGCAUUCCCAGGAGACGCAGCCCCCGGAGAACGCGCUCAACAGCGGCGGCACCACCCCGCAGCGCCGCUGCAGCGCCGAGGGCGCCGGCAGCGACGGCGAGCACGCGUCCUCGUCGCCGCGGGAGGAGCCGGCGCUCCACAACGGCCGCCUGGCCGACGUGCCCAGCCCCCAGGUGCUGGAGUUCGCCGAGUUCAUCGACAGCCUCUUCAACCUGGACAGCAAAAGCAGCUCCUUCCAGGACAUUUACUGCAUGAUGGUGUCGGACAGCUCCAGCGACUUUGCGGAGCUCCCCAAAUCCGUCAGCGACCAGGAGAUCCUGCUGAGGGCGCAGUACGAGCCCAACCUGGUGCCCAAGCCCCCGAGGUUGUUUGCGGGCUCGACGGAUCCUUCGUCGGGAAUCUCCGUGUCGCCCUCCUUCCCCCUUAGUUCAUCCGGAGAACUCAUGGAUAUCACUCCCACGGGUGUGAGCAGCCAGGAGUGCCUGGCCACGGACAAAAUCCGGACUUCCACCCCCUCCGGACACGUAACCAGCCCUGCCAAGCAGGACGACCUCAUGAUUUCGGCCCUUUAGUGCAGGGGGAAGGGGUGGAACGAUCCCAGUGGGAUAAUCCGUGGAGGAGGCUGCCGUCGGGCAGUUGGGAUCAGAGGAGACGGCUGGAAAAAUCCUUUCUGGGGUGACGCAGUGGUGGUGUCUGGAGGAUGGAUUGUGCUGGAAUCCUGUGCUUGGAGCUGGGAGAAGCUUUGCCCCACGGGGCCUGAGAGGGUCUGAGGCACUCGCGUUCCCUACCUCAGCCUGUCUCAUUCCAGAGGCAGAUUCCUUGCCCUGGGGCACCUGCUGAGUUUGGGAGUGAGCUACCUGCAUAGAAGGAAGCAGGAGGGGGCCGGGCCAGAUCCUCCCCUCGGGACCGAGCCGGAGGUUUGGGAAAUGAGCGGAUUGAGACUUUGGGCCCUGUUGCACUACCAUGGAUCCGGCCCAAGAUCCAAUUCGGCACACUUCCAUGGGGAUUGCUUUUGUAGGACGCUCUCGUUUUAAAGCCAUUGGGGCUGUAUUCCCCCCAAAUCCAGUCUCCCCUUCCCUGCCAGGCACAGCAGGAAUGGGGCUGGCACCAUGGUUUCUCUCCCCCGAGCACUCCUGAGAGGGAAGGACGCUGUUCCCGAGAGCCCAAUCCCUCUGCCACAUCCCUCCUUGGGCAGAAAGUUCUCCUGGAGAUCACCCCCAUCGUUCCUCAGUUCCCUGGACCCCUCCGAGCUGGCGACAUUCCCGUGGGACUGCCAGGAUUCUCACCUUGGAGCUGCAUGGAUGUGGAUGGAUCAACUGCAAAAUGCACCUGGCGUUGUUUUCCAGGCCUCUGUGGAGUCUGGGAGUCUCUCCUGGAUCCCUGGGGGUCCUCACACCACCCAUGUGCAGCAUCCAUGGAUCAGUGCCAGCCUCUGUUGUUGGGAAUUCAGGGAAAAGAUGGACGUUUUCCCAGUAUUGCAAUCUCUUGUAUGUUUACAGAGCUGCUGAGCUGGUUGGAAGGUAUUUAUUAAGGAAAUAGGGAGGCUUUCCUGAAGGAAAAUCCAUCAUCACCCUCUCCUCCCUGUGUUGUUCCCUCUGGGGACCGAGGGAAGAGAGGAUGGGCAGGCAGAAUUCCAAGCCCCCUGCUUCCUAAGGGGCUUGGAUUCGGGGGUAACCGCCUGCCCUCUCUCCUGCCCUCUUCCCACCUGCACAAUUCCAUGUAGGAAAGCUUGAGUAAGUUGUUAGGAAAACUACCUGAGCCUCUGGGCCCAGAGGAGCCUGCUCCCCCUCUCCAGGCAGGUUGUCCAAUGAUGGGAGCAGGAGGAAAACUACCUAUCCUAGGAAAUGAAACCUUCUUGGGACCUGGAAAAGGCCUUGAAUUGCCACAACUCCCCCUCAAAGCUCAGCAGUUACCCAUGGCUCUCCCCGGAGCUCCGUCCUCCCUCCCUGGAAAAGAAAUUCCUGGUUUCACUUCCUCAGAAUCCCGUGGUUGCUCCCUUUUCCCCUCCUCAGCAGUGCUGUUUCCAUUGUGGGAGGACGCUGUGCUGCCCAGGAGCUCAGCUCCUGGCGAAUCCCAGGCUUCCUGUUCUCCACGUGGGCUCUGGAAGGCCUGGGAUGGGUCAGAGCUUCCCGGGAGCCAGUGGGAUCCAUUGAGGAGCACUUUAUAACCUGUGCAUUGAUGUAAAUAACCCUGGGUGCACGGAAUUCCACUGGGUUCUGGCUCCAGGUGCUGAUAUCCCGCUCCAUCGGCGUGGGAUGCUCCGGCCCCUGUUCCUUACCCCUUUCAGAGCCUUCACAAGUGCUUCAAGUGGCCAGGAAAACAUUAUCCCUGUGGUUUCAGGCUCCAAAGGUGACCUUUCCCUGAGUGGAAUCAGAGGGAGGGAGCCCCUCUGGAUUCAGAGGGAUUUGGAGAAGGAAAAAGCCUUUUAUUCUGAGCAACCAGAAGUUCUUUUUGUUUCCAUAGGUCCUUGAAAAAGGAGCAGGGAGCAGGCGGUUUGGGAGCACAGCACAGGGUAAGGAGGAAUUCCUGCACUCAGGAAACGCUACCGAGGUGAUUUAUCAGGAAUACGCACAAAAAUCUGGGAAGGUUUGAGGGGAGAAGGGGAGCUGGGGGGCAGGAGAGGCUGGGGCUAGCAGGCUAGCUCCCCUCCUGGCCCAGGAGUCGGGAUAAGGAGCUCAUUCCCGCCUUUAUUCCCGAUAGGAGUUAACCCUUAGCACUAAGGCAGAGCUUGGGAUCUGCAAUGCACUUUAAAACACUAAAGAGAAGGAUCAUCUCCACCCCUGGGAUGGAUGGAUACCUAGGGAUAGAUGGAACUGCUGGUGGGAGGUGCCUCCAGGUGAGGAAAAGCGGGAAAUCUCCCUCCUAGAACAAUUCCAGUGGGAACCUGCUGAUGUUCCGUGGCUCAAAUGUUGCACUAGAAAGUCCCUCCCCUGUGUCCUGGAAGAUUCAAUCCUUGGGUGACUGUUCCCUCUCUGUGCCAUUGGAACUGGAUCGCUUGGGAAUGGCCUUCCCUGACAGGAAGCAGUCUGGAACGCUGCAGUUUUUUUGCUCUGUGAUUACUGGAUUUUGGAAAAACCUGGAAAUAAGUAAUUCCUGGGAGCUGGGCUUGCCACAGGCCAAGGAGUAAAGGCACAAAAGAGCCCCUCAAAGGUUCUGAUUGUAUCCCAUCAUGGAUAAUUCCUGGUUUUUAUUGACAACCAGAUCUGAUCCCAAAUGAAAUCCACGCUCUUGGAAUUAUUUCGGUUUUAAAUGUCUCUGUGUCUUGAUCCCCAUCACUGUGUCUUGAUCCCCACCAUUCCAUGUGUCCAUUCCCAUCACUCCUUUGCUAUCUGGGCUUUUGGAAAGGCUGAUCUCCCAUUUCCUCCUGGGAAAGCACACCUGGAAUGCUGAAAUCAAUGUUGAAGCUGCAGCUACCUCCUUCAUCUGUACUGUACACACUUCCUGCUUUCUCUUCCCGCUCUGUCUUUGGGAAUAUGAAGCAUCUCCAGGUUUCCGAACCUCUUGGCUUCUGCUUUCUUCCUCCUAGCUUUGUGCCUUCUAAUCUUCAGAUAUUCCCAUGAUAUUCCAGCAGGAUGUUCCACCCUGUGCAGAGGCAGUGCUGGAAGUGCCUGACACCCCAGAGCUGCCAAACGGGUCCCCCAUUCCAUGCCUCAUCCUUAAAAUCCAUUCUGAUCCUUCUUCCUUGGACUGAGUGACCUUUAAAGGUCCUUUCCAACACAAACUAUUCCAAGAGUUUCUUGGCAGAGGAAUGGAGCUGGGGCUCUUCUGCACCAGUGAAUUGAUUUUAUUGUUGCUUUCAUCGCAGUAGUGCCAAAAAUUUGGGAAGGAUCCUGCAGUGCUGAGGAUAUACCGGCCCUUUUCCAGUAUUUAUCGUUAUUCCUUCUCCUUCAGGGCUGCCUUCUCCAUUUGGAAUCUUCAUUUCCUCCUAAAACUUCCCUCUUUUCUUUACUCCCUGUUCCUCUCACCUAUUUCAAGAGCCAUCUCAUCCCUCCCUCCUCUCCUGGUGCUGGUGGCUCAUUCCACAUCCUUGGUACCACAUGGGAAAGCCAUCCCAAAGCUGUUCAAUGGGAUUCUUGCCACUUUUUGGGAAUAGGAUUUGUAGGAGGUAUUUUGGUCUCUGCAGAGGGCUGGGAUGGCAGAGGGUGGGGCAUGUGGAUAUAGAAUUCCAGUGAUUCCCACUUCUAUUCUUUGAGGAUGUUAGAUUCCAGGAACAAUUUAUGUUCCCAAGCAGAAUUAAAGUGGAAAAUCUGUUUCCAAGGGCGCAUGAGAAGGAGGAAAAGCUCCGAGCGUGGGGAUACAGUAUCUAACACAUUCUCCAUGCACUUUGAUGUUUUCCCAGCUUUUGCUGCUCUUUUCCUGCAGGCAGAUAAUAUUAUUUCCAUGGAAUCGCCCACACAACUUUCAUUUACAAAUUGGGACAUAGGAAUAAUCAGGAUUACCCCUGGCAAUGGGAAUUAGGUGGGAUUAGUUAUUGCUGGAAUGGGUGUGUUUGGAUUUGUGUUUUGAAUUUCCAUUGAAUUUCCGUGGGCAGCAGAGCCCUUUCGUGUUUGCCUUGGGAAUUGCUGGGCUGGAGCUCCCCCUAUCCUUAUCCAUUCUGGGACAUUCUUCCCUGGGCAGUUGGACAUUCUGGCUUUGCAGGAUGGGAGCAGGAAUAUUUAAUUCCCAUGGGUUUAGGGAUAGUGGUUGUACCUGCAGCCUUUGAGGAACAUCCAAACAUUGCCUAGGGAGGUAUUGAUUCCUCAUUCUGGGAAAUAUUCCAGUCCAGGUUGGAUAAGGCUUGGAACAGCCUGGGCUAGGGAAGGAUGUCCCUGCCCAUGGGAGCUUCCAAAUGAUUCUGGAAUUCUGUGAUUCCCUGCUUGCAGUGUUAGGGUGAUGCUGGAAAGGGAAGGUUGGAAUUCCAGCAGCACCUCUGUGUGGAUUGCUCUGCUGAGAAAUUCCUCUGAAGGAAGCAGUUGGAAAGCACUGCCUGGAACUGAGCUCGUUGCUUUGUUCUCAGAGCCUGCGCUGUGCUGGUUUUUGGGAAGAGCUGCUGGAUUUUGGGAAGAGCCUCAUUUCUUGUGCCAAAGCUCCCCCUCAUGGCUCCUGCGUGGAGGAAGCAAUGCUGCACAGAUCCUGCUGGAGGCAAGCACUGCCCAUCCUUGGCAGCUGUGGGAAGAAGGAGAGGAGGGAAUGCUGCAGCUGGAAACUGGAAUUCAGUCUGGAAGUCCUUUGCUGUCCAGUCAGAUUCACAGGGGAGUUAGGAAUUGAGAGAGGAGGGAUGGGAAGGGGGCUGGAUCAGUAAUCACUGAUGUCCUUCCCCUUCUUCCAGCUCCAAGGAGCUGCUUCAGGGCUGGAAAUUCCAAACAUCCAAGGAUAAGGGCAAUUCCUUGCUUUGUCAUGGGGAAUCAUCGUCAGCCUGUGAGCGUUUGUUGUCUCCAUUCCCAUUGUUUUUUCCAUCUUUUUUUUUUGAGUUCAUAUCUGUUGUGCCUUUGUUCUCCCAGAUUUCUGGGAUCAGACAUCUCCCACCUUCCUUUCCUGCUUCUCUGGGAGUACAGGAGUGUGGCCAAGGCCUGGUGGGAGCUGCCCUUGCUCCCGAGCUCUCCCGCUCUGCCUCAGCCAGGGCUUCCCACAUCUUCCCACUUUUCCCUGCCUCCUGAGAUCGUAUCCAAGUGCCAAAAGCAAAUCCUGACCUGAGGCAGGUGAUUUCCUCCUACCCACACUGCAUUUCUCCCUGGCUCUGGAGCAGCCCCUUUCCAAAGGUCACCUCCCUGGGAAUUCUUCCUGCUUUCCUUGUUGUGUCCAGUCCCUCUGACAUCACCGUGUCACACCAUGCUCCCUGUCCCGACUUUCCCACCUUCCCAGCACGCCUGUGGGAUGAAGGGAGCCUCUCCCUGUCUUCACCCCUUGAUUCCUGAAAAUCCUUGCAGCACAGGGACAAGCCUUGGCGUUGGUUUUCCUUUGGAUCCUGCUUCCCAUCCCGGGCCUCGUGCAGUUCCGAUGGCUCAGAGUCAGGAGUCCCAGGUGGGGGUGGCACGGGCCUGUCCUGCUGGGAUCCCAAAUUUUGGGAAGGUUGUGUGCAAAGGGAUCCCGGCAGGGGUUUUUCCUAGGAUGCUGCCACACCCUUUGGCUCCUAACUCCUUUCCCAGGAUGUCCCCAGCGCUUGGUGGUGGCCAGGUGGCCUCACCUGCAGCUCCAGCUUCCCACCUUUCCCUCCACAAGUCCAGGGAAUACUCUUGAGCUCCCGUCCUGGCGCUGAGCAGAAUUCCUACUGGCACAGGGAUAUUUGGGGAUGGGCUGUGCCUCCCUGACUGGAAUGUUGUGCCCUACGAGCCCCUUUCCUUUGGCUCUGCCUCUCUGGAAAAGCUCUUCCUGCCUGUCACCUGUGCCCAUCCCGUGCUGGGGCAGCUCAGAGCAGGAUCCCUCUGGAUGAAUUUUCUGCUGGAUCCUAAUUGCCUCCUUAGAGCUGAAGCCUUUGGCAUUUUUGGGAGAACCAGCCCUUCCAGGGAGCUCUGAGGCAUUCCCACUGCUUCUGGCAGGGCUUGGAGCACUUGGAUAUGCAACUGGGGGGAAAACAGCCCAGCAUCCUGCAUCCCCAUGCUCAUCCCGGGAAUGCUGCCCUCAAUCCCUGCUCUGAGCUGCCCCAGCAUGAAGAUUCCAAGGAAACUCAAGCACUCCUCACGUGCCCUUCAUUCUCCAUGUGACUUUUUUUGUACCUCUGUACGAAAGAUCCGAACUAAUCCCGCUGUAAAGAAAGAUCCGGAUGAAUUAUAACCUAAUUCCAGAAACAUGGAUGUAUAUAAAUUUUCUGUAUAUUCUAUGGCACUCUGUAUAAAAUGGAUGUUGGAAGCA